GCCGCCGUGCCACGUCACAGGUAACUAUCAAGUAAGCAGUAGUGUAACAUCGCUUAUUUCAUGCGGUGCUACUGUAACAAUGCAACAGCUGGUAUCGCUGGCCUGUCUGCUUUUCCACGUUUUCGUGGUGUUCGCCACUGAGUUCACGUUUGAGCUUCCCGAUAAUGAAGAAAUAUGUUUCUACGAGGAGAUGGAGCAUGGUGACCAGUUUGACUUUGAUUUCCAAGUGACAUCUGGAGGAAACUAUGACGUGAACUGUUAUGUGGCGGACCCUCAUGAUAAAAUCUUGUACGAGGAGGAGAAGAAACAGUAUGGCAGCUUCUCCCACACCACCGCCAUGAAGGGUGUCUACAAGGCCUGUUUCACCAACAAAUUCUCCACCUUUUCACACAAAUACGUCUAUCUGGAUUUCCGACACGGUGGCGAGAAACCUCUCCUGCCCGACAUGACCAGAACCACAGCGCUGACUCAGUUGGAAUCAAUGUGCGUGUCAAUCCACGAGGUUCUGAAGGUGGUUUUGACGUCGCAGAGCUGGUACCGGCGCAGGGAAGCACAUGACCGCAUCAGGGCAGACCACAUCAAUAGCCGCGUCACUCAAUGGUCCAUCGGCGAAACGGUUCUGCUGCUUGUCAUCACCGUGGGACAAGUCAUGUUACUUAAGAGCUUUUUUACUGACAAGAAAGGCCCAGUGGCCGCCCCGACUUAGACACGUCUCAUUCCAGCACUCCAGGAGUGCACCGUUUUUUUUCCUCAGUUUCUUACAAAUUGUUUGGAAAGCGAUACCACUCAGGCUUGUUUGAAAUUCGAUUCUUUUAGUGAUAAUUUAUUUUACGUUACUUAGUCAUAGUGCAAAGCGGAGGAACCAGGUUGCCAAGGGUUGCAGUAUAAAAUGUCAUUGUUACUCAAGUUGAAGCUGAUAUGUUUUAGUGUUCUUGGUCCUAAAUUAUGUGAGGAAAAAGAUGUUUGCGGGAAAAGAGUUUCUACUUUUUCCAUUUGCUAUCAAUGUGAUUUAUUUUAUACUGAAUGUUGGUGACUUGUAAAAUAAUAAUAAUUAAUCUUAUCCCAAGUGACUUCGGUAGGAGGGGAACCCUGAACUGGUUGCCAGCCAAUCACAGGGCACACAGACAAACAACCAUUUGCCCUCACAAUCGCACCUUUGGGGAAUCAGGUGUGGUCAAUCGGCCAUGUUUUUGGGAACAUCGGAUAAAACCCAUAGGAAACCCUCGUGGGCAUUGGAAGAACAUGCCAAUUCCUCACAUGAAGGAUAAUGUAACAAAAGAAUGUUCAUGUUUGAAAAAUUGAAUUCAUAUUCAACAUAGAAA